AUGCGCCAGACCCGGCCGCAGCAUCCUCGCCCGGGGGCCCGUGGCGAAGUCUGCCGAGCGCCGGGCCCCGAGGCCCCCCUCUUAACUCGGCGAGGGACGCGCCCCCGCCCCGCUGCCUGCGCGUUCCUCGCUUACCGGCCGGUCGACGCGGAGGGCGGAGGCGCCGUCCACCCUCCAGCCCCGGCCGCCCCCCGGCGGCCCCCUGGCCGCCGCCUCACCGUUGGGGUCCGCGCGGGCGCCGCGGCCGGGGACGCGCGCCUUUCUCCUCCCGGCGCCGGACGUGGAACCUGCGCGCCCGGGCCGCGCCCCAAGUUGUGCGCAGGUCGAAGCAGCUCUCGGAGCUCCUCCCGGGAGGCGCUCCCCGCCCCCAAGCCCGGGCCCCCGGCGAGCGCGGGCGGGAGUGGACAUCCCCGCACCUCAGUCUCCUCCGCACCUCCGCCGCGCCCAUCCACACCUGCCGCCGCGGGGCCGCGGCGGUCGCGGCUCCUCCCUGGGGAGGAAGGAGGCUCCCCGACCCGGGAGCGCGAGCGGAGGCGCUGCGCCUUCUCCUUCGGGCUGGGGCGGGACUCAGGUCUCCACUGCAGCGCGCCUCCUGAGCGCCAGAAUUUGGUGGGGGAAGCGGCAAUCACGGCAGCCUCUGUGGCCACCGCAGCCUUUGGCGGGCGGGAGCGUCUCGCAUAG